AUGAUAGAUCUUCCUCAGACCAUUCGAGAUCAGCCUUUCUUUAUCCAGGGCCGGAAAGCUACAGUAGCAAACGCUGUCUCCCACUCCGCACUCCAUAUUGCCAUCAUCAAGAUAUGUUACCCUCAGGCCGUGGAUGAUGCAACCCUGAGCGGCGUAGCGCAGACCUUGUCCCAGCUUCGAACCCUUGGCCUUCUUAGCAUUAUUGUCCUCGACUGUGGCCAGAAAUCUACUCUACAAUCCAGCAGCGAACAAGCAAAUCGCUUAGCGAUCCUCUUGGGAGCCUUUGAGAACCAGAAUGCAGUUGAUAUCGGUCUCGUCGGAAAAACGGACACUGAGCGGACCGUUGUGGCUCUGAUCAAACUUCUCAGUCCAUCUUGCGUCGCUGACGGCCAUGUCAAGCUCGAAGAACCAUGCCAUCUUGCGAUAAUUGAAUCGGUAAUUGUUCUCGAUCCCAUCGGUGCCAUUCCGAGGGAGGGGGAGAUUUCGCGGUCACUCAAGAAGCAGGCUCAAAUCACCAACAGCACGCCGGAUUCGCGACAGUGA